CUAAGCCGUAGUUUGAUAUGGUUUGACUUGUUUCCUCCAACAGGACUGGUCAGAGACGCACGCCUUCAUUUUGGUGGGCUCACGCUCCGCAGCAUAAUGGAUGAAUACUGUUUUUGAAGAGGUCAGAGCGCACCGCGAAGUCUUAACUGGAGAAGAUAUAUUUUUAACUACCUGUACUUGUUUCUCCAGGGGUAAAGUCGCGUCGAAUAAGGCUGGAAGGCGCAGAAUGUGGACAAAACAAGAAGUGCGUAAAGCGGCCGAAGUGGAAGAGAGGAGCAGUGAAGUGUGAGGCUGUAGAAUGUGGCGGGGACACCGCGGGCCAACUGGGCUGCAAGUUUCCUGAGCUUGGAGAUUUGACGAGGGCGCAACAAGGAGGGGACGUGUUAAUGCUGGAUCAGCCCUGCAGUGUUACAGCAAACUGGCAGAUCAGCGCAUUAACUUAUAUCACAUUUGGCGUAACAUCAAACUAUAUGAACAAUAAAAUAAGAUAAAUCUUGAUUUAGCAAAGCCCAACUGGAUCCAAAUCAUUUUACAGCACUUUUUCCAAAUUAUUCGACUGCCCCUCCUCCGAUCCUUUUCCCUUCACUUUUGCAAUUCUGAUUCCCGAAGUGGCUCCGAAGUGGUGUUGCGGCUCCUCGUCCCCGGCGGAUCCGGAGAUUGGAGUCUCUGCACCGGGAGGAGGCGGAGUCGGACCUCCGUCCACACCGCAGGCUCCAAAGAGCGGCCGCGUAAAAAGGAUGGUGCGACUGGCGGCGGAGCUGCUGCUGCUCCUGGGACUCCUUCUCCUUACCUUGCACAUCACGGUGCUGCGGAGCAGUCCGCUACCCCAGGGAAAUGACACUCUGAUCCUGGAUCAGGACUCAGCACUUUCAGAGAAAAAUAAUAUAAAUGCAAAAAGCAGCUCUUCUGCCCAGCUGGCUCCUGAAGAUCGAACGUCUGGUUCAGAACACCGCUUGGCCCACCGGCCUGCCUCCCUCCCCUGGGCACAAGGCAGCAACGUACACAGGGACGGCCCUGGAGCUUUCCUCCUAGAUCUACACAACUUCCCCGACCUCUCCAAAGCCGAUAUCAAUGGACAGAAUCCCAACAUACAGGUGACCAUUGAAGUGGUGGAUGGACUGGAGAGCCAUGAGCCGGAAAAAGGCCUCCGGAAGGAGAGCAAACCCAACUGGGCGUCUCCUAACUGGAGAAACUGGUGGCCUCACACUUCUUCAUCCUCCUCUUCUUCUUCCACCACUCAUCAAACAGAAGAGCAAGAUCGCACCUACGGGAGCAACAGCGAGGACAGCAACUUCCUCCGGCCGCCAGCAGAUUGGGACAGGAGAGGAGGCACCGGGGGAGGAGGCAAAGCUCAAACCGAAUAUGACUAUAUGGAUGGAGAGGGGGACUGGAGUAACUGGACGGCGUGCAGUGUCACCUGUGGAAAUGGCAACCAGAAGAGAACCAGGUCAUGUGGUUACGCCUGCACAGCCACGGAGUCCAGGACUUGUGAUAUGCCCAACUGCCCAGGUAUUGAAGACGCCUUCAAGACAGCAGCCACUGAAGUGAGCCUGUUAGCUGGAACAGAUGAGUUCAAUGCCACGGAGCUCUUUGGUGUUGACACAGACAGCUGCGAGCGAUGGAUGAACUGUAAGAGCGACUUCUUGAAGAAGUACAUGACCAAGGUGGCAAACGACCUGCCCAGCUGCCCUUGCUCUUACCCAACCGAGGUGGCGUACAGCACAGCAGAUGUACAUGAUGCCCCCACACGCCGGGAUUUCCGCUGGAAAGACGCAAGCGGGCCAAAAGAGAAGCUGGAGAUCUACAAGCCCACGGCACGGUACUGCAUCCGCUCCAUGUUGACACUGGAGUCCACCACGCUGGCAGCGCAGCACUGCUGCUAUGAUGACAACAUGAAGCUCAUCACUCGAGGCAAAGGGGCCGGUACGCCCAACCUCAUCAGCACAGAGUUCUCAGCCGACCUGCACUAUAAGGUGGACAUUCUACCCUGGAUCAUCUGCAAAGGAGACUGGAGCCGGUACAACCAGGCCAGGCCGCCAAACAAUGGGCAGAAGUGUCCCGACAACCCUCAGGACGAGGACUAUUACAAACAGUUUGAAGAAGCAAGGGAAUUCUAGUGAAAUUACCAAACAUACGCUGCUUAAAUACUCAGCUAAACCUCAAAAAUGGUGCUGAAACCAUUUUUUAAAUUCUGUUUUUGAUUAAAUACUAGAAGAACUUUUAGGCUCUGAGGAACAAGACUUACAGAACUGCUCUUUUGACCCAAGAGGAACAAUAAUCCAACUGAGUCAGAACAUUUACUUGCUCACAAGGAACCUCUCUUGACUUCAUCAAAACCAGGCGCAAAACAUUGCUCUAUUUUUUAAACAUUUUUAUAAAUGAUGCCUCUGAAAAAUGGAAAUUGCUUCACCCAUUAUAACUCUCAGAUCUGGUCACCAAAGGGAGAACUGAGUAUGUAUUCUUAAAAAGGGAAAAUUAUUAUUUUAGGAAUGUUCGUUUAGAUUGUGUCCGUGUUUGUCUCCUUAGAUUGUUUAUGUUUGGUGAAUCUGAGAGGUCUGUGGUAAUAGAAUAAUGAGAUCCUGCAGGAAUCUGUUGGGGGGUGGGCAGGGUAGAGAAUAGGCUUAUCUAAUUUUCUCCCAUUUGUCAUUCACAAUACCCAGGUUCUCAUGUAAGCUUGUGAGUUUAUAUAGCAUGCACAUUUUUUUUUUUUUUUUACCAUUAAUUUGCAACCGUGUCCCUUGUGUCUCUGAGGCAGCCUGCAUUAUUUUUGUAAAGUAUUUAUUAAGUUGUAGCUGUGUCUGAGUUGGGUGUCUAUGACUGUGGUUUCUGAUUCACAUAUGGCUCAAUGCUAACUUGAGAUUCCUCUCUCGCUCAAACAUUAGCAUCAAUGUCUCAAGUUAGGAUUAAACCAUAAUUGAGCGUAAAGAAUGUGUGAAUUCAACUGUACGGACAGAUUUUUGAGAUAUAAAUCUAUAAAUAAAUUUUUUAAAAGCCA